AUGAAUGGCUCCGAGAGCACAACUGAUCCAGCGACACCAGCCAAACUUUAUUUCAUUGAACCUUUCCUAUUAGACUUUGUGUCUGUAUGCAACUUUUUGAUUCUCUCUGAGCUCAUCGGACUGUUUGGAAUCGUCGGAAAUGUCAUCAACAUGAUCAACUUUAAGAGGCAAGGAUUUCAGGACGGUGUCAACGUGACCCUGUUCUCUCUUUCCCUCUGUGACCUUGGGAAUCUACUCACCCAUCAGUUCUGCAACAUUCUGUUCAGCCCUUGGAUCGGAGAGUACGAUCUGUUCAUGUCCAAGAUGAACAUGUUUCUGAACAUAAUUUACUUUAGCGGCUAUUUUUUACGUGUCGGCGGGUUGCUGACAGCCUUCAUGAACUGCGAGAGAUGCGUCAGUGUGGUGUGGCCUUUGAAGGUCAAGGGCGUUCUGACAGCGAAAACUGCAGUAGUAGCCAAUGGGAUCAUCGCAGGAGUCUCUAUACUGUACUUAGUUCCGCCAUUUUACGUAUAUCCCAUCGGCUGGAUGUUUAUACCAAGUCUGAAUCGAUCCAUUUUAACCAGAUAUUUUAUCAAUGACAGACACCAAAUUAUGGCUGUAUAUUACAUCGUAGCUGAUCAGUUUGUUCCGUACGCGACCAUUCUGGUAUUGAUCUUAUGCACCAUCGUCAUCGUGACGAAACUGAGGUCGAAACUCAGGUGGAGACAAUCCUUCUCAAAUACAGGAGGAAACAACUCCCGCGAUGUCCCUUCCAAAGAACACAAACUUAUAAAAUUGCUGUUUACUAUUUCUAUUAUGUUUAUAGUCUGCAUCCUGCCGCAGUCAACACUGAACGCAGCCAUUGCAUUGAUACCAGGUCUGAAAGCGGAUGGAAUUUACAUAAAUAUCUGGAAGAUGUGUUACUCAUUUACCUCCCUGCUAGAAACUAUGAACUGUAGUGUGAGCAUCGUUCUAUAUUACAGAAUGAGCAGCAGAUACCGUCAAGUCUUCUGGGAGAUGUUUCAUCCUCUGACAAGUAUAACUCUACAUCUCCCUGAAGCUAAAUAA